AUGAUCUCAGAAAGGAAAGAACAAAAGAGAUCUAGAAAUUCUGUUAUAUUUGCUGCAACAGUUGUUGGCAUUUUUGUUUUAUUAUCUUUAAUUAUUUUACGAUUUGCUCUACAACAUCAUGAAGAAAAUGAAUUAGCGCAACAAAAUUCAGUAAUUUUUGAUAAUGCACCAACAACUCAAGUAUUAAUACCUAAUAUUAAUGAUAUUAUAAAUAAAUUGGAAGAAAAUGAAGAAGAAUUAGUUAAUGAGAUAGCUGCAACAGUUAAAACUAAAUCAUCUACCGUUCCAACAACAAUAGCUUCAAAUAUUGAUACAGAAAUUUUAAAUAUCACAACUUCUUCUUUACCAACUACUACUACUACUACUACUACUACUAAGAUUCCAUUAACCAGUGAACCUAUAACUCCAUCACCAAAAACAACUGAAACUCCAACAACUACAGAUCAACCUAUAGUAACUACAACAGAACUUGUAACUACAACAGAACCAACAACAACAACAAGUUCUACCACUACUACUACUACCAGUACAACAACUACUACUACAACUACCACAACAACUAUCGAAGUUCCAACCACUACUAAUGUGCCAAUAACUACCCCAGCAAGUACAGUAACAAUACCAACUGAAGGACAAACUACAUUAAAACCAGAAAUUAUAAAUGAUCAAUGUGAGAUGCCUUUUGAGUCUUCACAAUGUCCUGAUACAUCAUCACAAUCAAAAAAAGAAUACCCAUCAGUAUCAGAAAUUUCAUCAACAUUCAUUCCAAAUGAAUUUAAUCUUGAAUUAACUAUAAAAAGUCUUACUUUUCCAUUAAAAGUAACAGGUAGCAUGACAUCUCAAAUCAAAAUAUUGAACACAACUAACACUCUUUUUAUAAAUAUUGGUAGUACCAUCAACUAUAUCUAUCCUUCUGAUAUUGAAAUAUAUGACUGCAAAAAUAAACAAUUUAUAUGCCUUCAUAGUAUAACACGCCUCAUGACAAAUGAUAUGUUGAUCUUACAUCUUUCUUCUCAGCUUUCAGCAGAAAGAAGUGUUUUUAUUAGAAUUACCAAAUUUACUUCAUAUAUUGAACAAAGAUCAAAUGUUGUUAAUAUACAAUCACCACGCCGUUGGCAAAAAGGAACAUCAAGUUUGAUAUUAUCUUCAAACUUUGGUGUUAAAAAUGCUAGAAUGAUGUUUCCCUCUUAUGAUAGAUUACAAAUAAAAAUUCCAACAACAUUAACUAUAACUACAAGUGCUGAAUAUGAUGUUAGAAGUAAUUUCCCAUUAAAUAGUGUUUCAACAAUUGAUGAAGAUGAUGGUCAGUAUAAAAAAUAUACAUUCCAAACAAUUGGUUCAAUAUCAGCUAACCAAAUAGCUUUUUCAAUAUUUAAAGAUACACAAAAUCUUUUUGAUAAAACAUCUAAUCCAGAAAUUGAAUUAAUAACAGCUCAACAUAUCAAAAAAAAAGAUUUUAAUUGGCUUUUCCAGGAAGUUCGUACUGUUAUUGAUGAGAUGGAAUCUUUAACAAACUCUAAAUAUCCAUUAUCAAAAUUAACUAUAUUAGCAACAUCCAUUAAUUAUGAUGUUUUAUCAUCACCAGGUUUUAUAAUUGUUAAAGAAGCUAGUCUUGAAUAUUCAAAAUAUUAUCAAACACAUACAUUUUUAAUUAAAGCCAUCAUUCAACAAUGGAUUGGAAAUUUUAUUUCUAGUGAAAAGAGUAAUGAACUAUGUAUUCAGGAUGGUUUAUUAAACUAUUUAGAAUGGACAAUAUCAUCAAAAUUACCAACAGUAAAUAUGAAAAUAAUUGAUAGAUAUCUUGAAGCAAAAACACGUUCAAUGCGUAAUGAAGACUCUGGAUUUGAUAAUGAACUUCUCCUUCGUGAUAUUAAAGAUAUCUCUGAUAUUAGUGUCAAAUGUUCUAAUAAAGCACCAUUAGUAUUCCAUAUGUUAUCUAAAACAUUUGGUGGAAAACAUUUUCUAGGAAAACUUUUAACAUCAUUAACAUAUAAACAUCUAUGGAAAACUAUUAAUUUAGAAGAGAUGUCUGAAGAGAUAUUAGAAGUAACACAAUCUAAACAAGCACAAAAUUUAAUUAAUCAAUUUUUCCAAAAAUCCGGUUACUCAACUUUAAUGAUAUCAACAAAUAAUAAUGCUAUAACAAUUAAACCAAUAACAAAUAAUAAUUGGACAAAUUUUGAUUUACCAAUACAAUUUAUUGCUGAAAAAAACAAAAAAUAUACAGCUAAAUCAACAAUUGAUAGUAUUGUUAAUAUAGAUGAUAAUGUAUCAUAUAUUUUUGGAGAUCCUACAAAUGCUUUAUAUGCUAGAAUAUUAUAUAACGCCCCAAUUUAUAAAUCUAUUGCCUCUUGCACACCAGAUUGUGAUGGAGUUGGAAAAGAAACUAUUGAAAGAACAUUUAAUGAUUUUUGUUGGGGACUAUUGAAUAACAAAUUGGUUUUUAACAGUAAUAGUGAAAAAAAUAUUGAAAAAGAGACAUGGAAACAAUUUUUUAAGAUUAUAUCUAAAAAAAAUAGGGAAGGCACUUUUUCAACUAGGGAUUACAGAGAUGAAGUUAUAUCUCAAGAAUGUAAUUGUUGUUUGCAUAAAACAUCUUCCAGUUCAAGUGCAUGUAAAUUGAUAUGGAAAAACAAGUGUGAAAAAAUAGAUGUUGUUAGAAUGACUUUUUCAAAAUAA